AUGUUCCCAAGCAGCCAGAAGCUGUGGCAUGAACAGGUAGAAGCAGAUAUUUUCCCUAGCUCUCCUUCAACAUCGAAGAGGGAUGAUACGGAGCAGACCGGUUCGUCCGCAUCUGGAUGCGAUCCGGGCCCCACGUCAAGUUGGUCGAGCGCGAACCGCCCGCACCAGAUGUGGAAGACGGUCAAGAAAGGGCGGAGAGUUAGAAAAUUGACCGCAGACAACUUUUUAUUCAAAUUACUUAUUGUCUUAUAUCUCUAUCAACUUUGUGCCUUAUCUGAGGCAGAUUCUCCAAAUGAUACCACCAAGUCUACCGGUGGCUGUUACAACGAGUGUGAGCCGGAAACGAGGUUUAUAAAGAAGGUUGGAUGUAAGCCAGUUGGCCAGCCUUCACAAGUGUAA